UUUUCCCUCCAGUAAGGUUAGAUAAAGUUGGAAAGAUGAAGCUUCUUGUUCUGGUCUAUCUGAUAGCCGUGGUUUACAGUCAAAGUACAGUACCGGGAUGUUGUGUUCCACCUCAAUGGGAAGGAUUGCAAGGAACCAUAAUUGGUCGUGUUGACGGAUCUGGGCGACAACAGGUUAUUUCGGAAAAUGUGGAAACUUUUUAUGAUCAAACUAAUAAUAGGAUGGCCUUGAAUGUUGCAACAGAUUUUACUGGGAAAAUGCAAUAUUUGAGAAUUAUUCAGCUAUAUAGCAAAAAAAUACAAUAUGUCAUCGAUCUGGAUACUCAAACCUGUAAAUCCAAUACCCUAUCUGGAACUUUUCCACCUAUAUGUUUACCAAAGGACGCUAUGCCUGAAGGUCCUUACUAUUUUGGUAUUGGUGACACUAAACUGGAGUCGAUUUCUUUCCGAUUUAACGUUAGUGGUGCCAAUGUUACGGUUUCUGCUUUAAGAGAAGGCUGUAUUCCAAUUUUAGAGAACAUUGUCACUAGUGGACAAGGCAUUGCUCAGAUGCAGACGACUGGUUUUGUCAAUUUAAGCCCGGGUAUUAGUCAGCCAAGUAUGUUUGAUGUUCCUGAUAUAUGUAACCAGGCUAAAGACUUGGGAUUGGAAGCUUCGAGAAUAUACCAACGAAAAUGGUUUCCUUUUUCGUAAAUAAAAUUCAGCAUUGACUUUU